CAGAUGGUAGCUACUAGUAUCAACCAUAGACUGUCGUACUAUUAUUUUUAAAGGAAAUCUCAAUGAGAUCUAUCACUUCCGGUCUGGAACUGCUUUUACAGAAGUAGAUAUUAUAAACAGUACUGGACUAAGGUAAUUGAUCGAUGCUUUAAAGCAGACUCGCUUUUAACAUAUGGUGGCUGAAUGCAGUAGGCUUAUAGUAAAUAUUGCUAUAGUUGUCGAAGAUGUUAGGAUUGGAUCUGUCAACUGGUGUGGUCGAAAAAAUCGAAAAGCUCCCCAUAGACUUGUUUGCAGAAACGCUUCAGUCAAUCCUGGUUCAUCUUCAGGAUCAGAAUGGAGCAGUAGAUUUGAUUGAAUCCUGUGAUAAAUUUCAAAGAGCUGGGAUAAACCUUGAUCAGAAAACUGUUCAAGAUAUUAUAAGACUGAUGUCAUACUAUUUUAGGUUAGCUGCAAAGAGCAAUCUCAGUGCAGAUGUAUUGGUCAGUAAACUGACUGAAUGCAGCAGUAAUUGGUCCAAACCAACCCUACAGUUGGUGCACCAGCUUUGGACUGAGCAUGCUGCUCUUCUGCAUGUACAUCAGGAGGUCCUGACAAUGGCUACUAUUGGACAGCUUGUAGAUAUCCAGUGGAAGCUUGGUAUGGCAGUGAGCUCAGAUACUUGCCGAUCCCUCAACUCCCCGUUCAUCUCUGUUCUGAUGAAAAUCGCAGACACAUCAGGGGAGAUGUCAUAUAAAUCCUUUGAGAUGACAGUUCAGCAGUUUCAGAACUUCUACAGGCAGUUCAAGGAAAUGGCCUCUGUUUUAGAGACUGUUUAAUAUUUUUCUUCAUGUGAUUUUUAUAGCAUUGAUUGUGAACCAUUUAGACUUUUAUGACCAAUUAUUUACAUUUAAAUACAGUAUUCAACAGUUUGACAACGUAAAUUUGUUGAAUUUUGCACCAACCUUUUAUUUUUGUUCUAAUGUUACAGUAUCUUCAAGGUUAAAAUUCUUAAUUUUAUCAUAAUAAAUACUGGUAUUGUAAGAAAAUGUCAUUAUUACCGAUUUUCAUUUUUGUCAUCAGUGCCUUUAGGAACCAUGAAUCUUGCCCCUGUUACACCUCUAACUGUUUUUUCACUUUUCCACUAUCAAAGAACAAAUAACACGUAUGAGAUGCUCAAGAACAUGAGUGGAAAACCCAGUUUCUUUAAUAAAAAUAUGAAUGUGAGGCACUUGAUCACAAUGCUUAA